UUGAGCGAAGCAAUUUUGAAAGUACCAGUCAAUCAAUUGAAGGUUACGGGGACUCGCAGGUGUAUCACGUAUCGCAGAAUAUCAUCAAAAUGCUCUCCAGAAUUAUUCCUGCUGUCAGAUCUAUAAGUUCUGUUACUCGUUUCCAGGCAGUUCGAUGUAUGAGUGAACAUGCCCCGGCUCACUGGAAGACAGACCGCGAUAUUGCACGGGAUCAUCAGUGUACCAUGGACGACAUGCCAGUGCCAGCAGGGUCCUGGCAAGAGCAAUAUAACAAAGUCAACAGCAAAUACAAUGUUUACUUAGCCAUCUCAUCGGUGUUCUUUGUUGCAACAAUGUAUAUGGUGACAAAAACUGAAGCCAUGCCCUUGAACUUGUCACCGGACAUGAAGAAACCAGCGGAUUGUUGAUGGCUACAUCUUGGGUUAAAAGUUGUGAGCAUGUAGAUCACAGAUCAGUUAGACAUUCAUAAGAAACAAUGCGAUAAAAUCAGUCUUAAUUUAAGUUGAUGUUGUUUUUGGUUAUCAACUGAGGUCUGGAAAUUCUGUAUUCCUUUGUGUGUAGUAUUUGUAUAUUAAAACAUCCUGGAAAAUAAAUUAACAGAAAUAUA